GUAUCACGUGUUGGUGAGAGGCCCAACAUCUCACUUGUCAAGAAACCCUGAACAUGUCACGUUCUCUCAAGUGCAGUGUGUUUUUCUUGUUGUUUGGGGCAAUUCUGAUCAUUUUGGGAUGCGUUCUUAUCCCUGUGUUCCAUAAUGUGAUCCACAAUGAAAUAAAGAAGCAAAUACCACUGAAGACUGGAAGUAAGUCAUACACAACUUGGUUGGACCCUCCUGUGCCUAUAUACUUUCAAGUAUGGGUGUUUGACCUUGUAAAUCCACUAGAGGUCACUCAGCAGGGCGCUACACCAGCAGUGUUUCAGAAAGGACCCUAUUCCUAUAGAAAGGAUGAAAUUAUUGGAAAUCAGCUGUCAGUAACACGUCUACAAUCACCAUGCUGUCAGUAACACGUCUACAAUCACCAUGCUGUCGGUAACACAUCUACAAUCACCAUGCUGUCAGUAACACGUCUACAAUCACCAUGCUGUCGGUAACACGUCUACAAUCACCAUGCUGUCAGUAACACGUCUACAAUCACCAUGCUGUCGGUAACACAUCUACAAUCACCAUGCUGUCGGUAACACGUCUACAAUCGCCAUGCUGUCGGUAACACAUCUACAAUCACCAUGCUGUCGAUAACACAUCUACAGUCGCCAUGCUGUCGGUAACACGUCUACAAUCACCAUGCUGUCGGUAACACGUCUACAAUCACCAUGCUGUCGGUAACAUGUCUACAAUCACCAUGCUGUCGGUAACACGUCUACAAUCACCAUGCUGUCGGUGACACGUCUACAAUCACCAUGCUGUCAGUAACACGUCUACAAUCACCAUGCUGUCGGUAACACAUCUACAAUCACCAUGCUGUCGAUAACAUGUCUACAAUCACCAUGCUGUCAGUAACACGUCUACAAUCGCCAUGCUGACGGUAAUACGUCUAAAAUCACCAUGCUGUCGGUAACACGUCUACAAUCACCAUGCUGUCGGUAACACGUCUACAA